AUGUCUCCCAAGCAGAUGUCCUUUUUGACGGAGGGUGCCGAGUCCCUCUCAUGGUCGGCGCACGAGAUACGGCACUACGAGGGAAAGCCGUUUGAGGCGGACGUCCCGACAACAAUGUCAUUUUACGGCAUCACUUCGAGUGAACAGGAGCGACAGGAGGCGUACAAAGCAGCUCUGGGAUCGUCCCGCUCUGCCGAUGGCAUCAAGACACGGCCUCGCACAACAGGUCAACGGCUGCGACGGCCAAGGUCUGCAUCACCGUCUCGCCGGUUCGACAUAUCGCCUGCCCCACAUGCACACAUCAGCGACAGCAGUCACACCAGUGCAAGCCUUUCCCAGCCUGCAGGACAGGCAGCACACACCACUUCACCACCGGCCAAAAAGAAGCAGCGGCCAAAUGCACUGAGCUUUCUCGACCCGGAUUCACCCGCCGUCACCAGAGAAAGUAUCACCCGUGUUGUGGCAGAGGCCGCUGUUUGGCGGCCGCGGCGUGGCGCCACACCGGAGUCGGCUGUAGAGAGCACCGAGGCACCACCACCAGUCGUAACGACGGCAAGCAGUGACGACGACAAGACGCUACUUCUCGAUGAUGGCGGGAGCGACUCCGAUAUCAGCUCUGCCGAUACCGAAACGAGCGAGGGCGGGGAAAGCGGAGACGAGCGGACACCCAAACCAGACCCUACAUCCGGACUGGAAUUGCGCAUGCCAGGCAUCUCGUCAGUGGCCAUGGCUCUGAAUGGUAAGCUCGACUAUCCCGGGCUGCCUUUAAACCCGCAUCCGCAGCAACAAAAUCGCCAACAAACCGUGUACCCUCGCACCCAAUCCAGAGGCCAGCCUCAGACAAAAGCUCAUCUCUCAGCACAACAACAAAAAUCCCGGGCUUAUCGCUACGGAACACCAGAGAUGCCCAGGGGCAAUGCCAACCUGCCGCACCUACCUCCAAAAGAACUGAAUCCCCGAGCACCUACCGCCGGCCACGUGAAACAUCUACCACGCGCGGAAAAGCUGCCUCUCACGGGCUACGAACUGUUGGCCUCGCAGCUGUCGUCUCACUCGUCCCACAUUAUGAAGUUCCGCCGGGGUAGUGUGGGGGCGGCAUCCACACAGAGUUCACAAAGUGCAUGGAGUUCCGGUAGCGGCCCGGGAAGCAGCCACGGAAGCACAGGCAGCGGUGGUGGCGGCGGCGGUGGUGAUGGUAGUGGGAGUACUGGUGUGCAAACGCCGCACUUCUCGAUCAAACCGCUGUAUCGCAAGUUUGAGGCUCUGAACCACCGCAUCUUGUUACACCUCCAGGAUGAGCUCAGCGAGCUCGAGGAGCAGCUCCACCGCCUGGACACAGCGGACACACAAACCCGCCGGCUGCAAAACAGCAUCCUUCCUGCUUCGCGCCGGGCUGAAGUGCUCACUGGUGGCGAGCUGCAGUGGCACAAGACGGACGUGCUGGGCAAAAUCGGUUAUAAACUUGGGCAAUACAACCACGUCUUGUCGUCCUUUACCGAGACGCAGCAUUUGCCCUCGCCGACACUAUCCGACAUUAGCGACUACCGCUCCUACCUCGACACGCAACAGCCCAUUGCCGAGAUCGAGACGCGGUUCUUAGAUGCGGGUGAAGAUCUCGUCACUCUGGCUCCGCCGCGUCACAAGCGGACCCGGUUGUCGGACGAGGCGUCAUCCGGUCUGAGCUCGCCGUCAUCCGCAACCUCCUCGGGCUCUGAUGCGCGCCUCUCGUCUUCACCCUCGUACCUGCAAUCGCUCAACGAAGAGCCGAUGCCUGUGCAAUCCAUGGACUCCAUGAAUUCCAUGAGCAUGAACCGCUCGAGCCUUCUCUUCCCUAGUGCACGCAACAGCCACCCACCAUCUCCAACACUGUCAUCCACGUCUGCGUCCUCCGAGUCGUCAGCGCUGUCGUGCAACUCGUCUCGUGCCACGACAGCCAUCUUUGAAAAGGAGGAGCUGGUAGGAAGAGACAAGAUGACGGCCGCCCGUACUCUUUCAUUAGAGUCGCAGUAUUCCGUGGAAGCAGAAGAGAGCACAGCAUCUAAACGGCCAAAAGGAAAAGAAGAAGACGAAGGGCCAGUCGAUUGGUCCCGCGCCACACUGGCUUCGGGCGGCGUCCUACAUCUCGUCAUUCCCAUGGCCGUGGCCGUGCUUGUGCCGAUUCCGGCCUUUGCACUGAUACCGGGCGUCGCCGGUCGAAUGGCUGUUGUGCUCCUGGUGGCGAUUACCGUCUUUGGCGCCUACGCGCAGGCGGGCACCUUCUGUGUCGCUGACAACGAACACCCCUCGUCCACAAGUGGCCGGCCAAGCCAAAGCAGCCGGGACUUGCUCUGCUGUGCGGCCGUCUACGGUGCAGUCAUGGCUGUCGUGGCAAGCGUUUGCGCGUGA